AUCGACAACACCACCCACUCCCUCUGUCUCUCCUCCAUAACGUCCUCUCCUCUCGGCCUCGAAAUGGAGGAAGCCGGUCACAUCGCAGCCCAAGCGCUGACAGGCAACCACACCGAAGAAGACUCAUACCACCCGCGCGAUGCCGUCGGAAGCACCAUCAAAGCCACGCUGACGACGGGAACCGGUGGAGCGUUCGUGUCCGCCAUACAAAACACUUUGACGAAGCAGAAUGUGGGCGCUUGGGGAGUUUUCACAAGGACGGGGGGCACGGUGGCCACUUUUGCUGCCAUGGGAGGAGCCUACGAAUUCUUCAAAUCCGCCUCGGCAAAUUUGAGACAGAAGGAAGAUACAUACAAUUAUGCCAUUGGAGGUGCUUUUGCGGGCGCCAUGCUGGGGUUGAGAUUCCGUUCUGCGCCUGCAGUUCUUGGCUACGGUACAGCUACUGCUGUGAUCAUAGCUGCUUUCCAAUACACCGGAGGUCACAUGUUGGGCGCAGCUCUUGAUCCAGACGUUGAUGAGGUUGCGAGGAAAGAGUAUAUGCGAAAGAACAGGAGAAGGGAUAUCGGAGAGAUUGUCAAUGAGCUGGGCGAGGGAAGAGGUAUCGUCGCCCCAGGCUAUGCCGAGCGGAGAGCGGCACGUCUGAAGGAGGCUUAUGGCAUUGAUGUCGUACAUUCACCCACAGUUCCGGGUCAAUCGCAAUGAGCGAGCCCUGCGAUCAACGGAAACCGCCAAAAAGCUGAGCUCGGUAGCACUCAGACGAACGUGUAUAUAUAUACUCACAAACGCAGAUUCUCACUUGUGCAAAGAUAAUGUCAAGAUCGGUGAGCACCUGCACAACUCAGUUAAUAACUACGGGAGCGGGAGAUCGACAUGAUUCCAG